GCGGGCUGCGCGCUGCGGCGGGGCGGCUGAGGCGGCGGGGCCGCCGCUCGGCGGCAGCAGCGGCGGGAGGAGGAGGAGGAGAAGCUGCGCUCCGCUCCGCUCCGCCGAGGCGGCGGGGGUGAAGAUGGGGAACUGCCUCAAGUCCCCCACCUCGGAUGACAUCUCGCUGCUGCACGAGUCGCAGUCGGACAGAGCCAGCUACGGCGACGGGACCGAGCCGGAUCAGGAGCCGCCGCCGCCAUAUCAGGAACAGGUCCCUGUUCCUGUUUAUCAUCCAACUCCUAGCCAGACUCGGCUAGCAACACAGCUGACAGAAGAGGAACAAAUCAGAAUAGCGCAGAGGAUAGGCCUUAUUCAGCACCUACCUAAAGGAGUCUACGAUCCUGGAAGAGACGGCUCUGAGAAGAAGAUCAGAGAAUGUGUCAUUUGUAUGAUGGACUUUGUUUAUGGGGACCCCAUCCGAUUUCUGCCGUGCAUGCACAUUUACCACCUGGACUGUAUAGAUGACUGGUUGAUGAGAUCCUUUACCUGCCCUUCCUGCAUGGAGCCAGUGGAUGCAGCACUGCUUUCAUCAUACGAGACUAACUGAGCCAGGGUUUCUCCACUGAACCUUCAAGGACACCAUCCACUUUUCUGGGUUUGAUCCUGUUGUCAUUCAGCCCAAAGAGCCAGGAAUUAGGAAUUAAGAUCAUGCACAAAAUAUACAUUUCCUAAAUAAAUAAAUAAAAACUAUUCCUGAACGGCUGCAAAUAUUGGAAAAAAACAUAAUAUUUUAGAGACUAUAGAAAAAGUAGGUUGUUAUUUUUAAUGUAAAGCCUUGACCCACCAUUGUCCUUUAAUGUUUGUCCUUAGACCCAUAUAUAGGAAUUGUGUAAAGUGUUACAGCAACUGUAAAUGUUUAAACUGCGUGUAUCCAAUUUUAUUAGCAGCAAGAUAAGAGUAUUUUUUCCUAAAUAAAGUAACCAGUUUUGUUCUGAUUCUUUUCACAAGUCCUGGCAUUUGGGUCAAGGCUUUAUUAAAAUCUACAUUUUAUAACACUGGCACAAAGAAAUAGUUUUAAGCUUGUUUGCACAGGUUUUUUUUCUUUUUUUCAUUGGAGAUGGAUUCAUUGCCUUAGGUCUUUUUAAUAGUGUGUUGUUAUUGUUGGGCUGGCUCUGUGCUUGAAAAACAGUUUAUUUAUAACCUGUUAAAAGUGCUAUAUUUUGUUUGCAGAUAGGAAUAUGCAGAAUUCAAAGUGAUCUCCUAGCUUGUAAGCAAACUGAGAUGCAUUAUCCCUUUUCUACGAGUGAUGCUAAAUAUGGCAAUAUGAAACAAGUCCUACACCAAAAUUAUGGUUUCAUGGUUUUUAUAACUUGCUUCGAUUUCGAUGAAACAACAAUCCUCAAACUUUAGCAUGUCAUCUUUAACUUGAUCAAGUUAAAAGUGGGCCAGAUGGACAAUAAAUGCUAUCAUGAUUGGAAAAAAAGUUUUUGGAACAAAUACAGUAUUAGUGUUGAUAACUUAUUCAACUUUUUUGCUGCCUAAAAUUGGUUGGUUUUGAUCACAGCAAAAGGAUACUGCAUCUCUUGUUCCUGUAGUUCUUAGGUUAUCAGACAUUAAGAAUAAACAUACUGUAUCUCCGUCUCCUGUAUUAAAUGUAUCUGUUAAGCCUUGCUGGCUGACACAUCAGUCCACCAAGCAGCUGUGAAAUCAGAUAUGAAAAAAAAAUGUAUUUUAUGUUCUGCACAUAAAGGCAAAGUUUAUAUAAACACAGAAUUUCAUAAUAGCAAUCAAGUGGGGAAUAGUACUGCUAAAACCAGAAUGACACAGUUAUCUAAUUUCUGCAGCAAAAAAGUGUGUGCUUGUUAAGAGAUGGUCGAGCAAAGACUGUAGUUGUAAAGUCCUCUCAUCCACUUACCAUGCUUUUUUUUUUUUUUUCUUAAUGUACCCUCCUGUGACUUUUAUACCUUCAGUGACCAAUACAUUGAGGCAGUCUUGGUCUUGCAGAGUGAGAUGCAAUCUCAAGUUAACCACAACAAAUCAGGGAUCAUUCUUGAUUGUUUUGCAUAUAUAGUUUGAGUACCUGGUAUAACAAGUUGCGUUUAAAGAAUGCUUUGAAGUACGUUGAAGACUCUGUGUACUUACAGUGUAGAGGAAUUACGCAGGUCAUGGAUCACUUUUGGAGGGUUGGUCAGCAGAACGGAGAAUCAACAUGUUGAUUUAUUUAUUACUCCUGCUGCUGACAGCAACCUGCUCUCUUAGAGAAGAGCUCCAAGUAGCCUUCAGAAGCAAGUUAAAGCAGUUAACGGUUCUAGAUUCACUGAUUUGCUACACAUUUAUCUGGACACAAGUUUUUGUUUAAUUCAUACCUACUUAAUUACAUUAAGCAAAAUCUGAGAAGGCAGAACUAAAGUUGUGCAAUAUUUUUCCAUGGGAAAUCAUUGUUCUUCUUCAUCAUUCCAUGUGUGUUCUUUUGUGUCCUUCUUUUUUGUCUGUUUUAGGGUUUGUUUUUUGUUUUCACAUAAAACAUAAUGUCCACAUAAAAUAUUAGUUUCUUUUCUCUUGUUAAAACUGGCAAAUGAACAAUUUUAAAAAACACUUUUGUCAUGGUAGUAUUGGUCUUUAUUUAUUACAAGACUUGAUUAAGAAAGAUCUGAAAAGAAAUACUCAGUGGCUGGUUACAGAGCUGAAUGCUUUUCUGGGCACUUUGUACAGUUGAACUAUUAACACUGAUCUCAUGGUAAGAGGAGAAAAAUUACUUUUACUAAAACACUUGUUAAAUAACAAAAAGGUGUGAAGGGCUAAAACUAGAGCUGAUUACAGAAGAACAUUCCAAAAAAGAAAACAAAUUUUAGCUUAUAAACAGAUGUGUAAAUAUAAUGAAUAAAUCAAUUGAUUUUUCAAGUUUUUAGGUGCAGUGCUGUUCUGGAUGAUUUCUCAAUCAGAAAAGUAAUUUAUCUGAACUUAAUGCAAAAUAAUGUGUAACCUGAGCUUUCCUGUCACCUGAGUUUUAGCUUCAGCUGUGAAAUCGUAUCUGUCUCUCAAUUCCACCAUCUGUAAAAUGAGGAUAAUAUUUGCCUGCUGUCUCAGAGGUGUCUAAUAAAUUACUUACACUUCCAGUGCAUUAGACAGUCCAUUUACAGCACAGCUGUUUCCUAACCAACAUCUUCGAGAGCUCAGCGAAUAGCUUACCUCUUGCUCAUCUGGACCUGCUUGACCAUAGCCAGUCUUACAAUACAGCUGUGUGCUUCAAGGCAGGCAGGCCCGUAGUUAAGUGUCUGCACAGUAUUUUGAAGAAAAAAAAAAAAAACUCUCAUAGCUACUGUGCAUAAGUAACCAAGAUUGUAAAUGCCGAAUCUGCAAACGUGUGGCUGCAUCAGGCUUGGCAAUAGUCAUCAAGUGAAGCAAAAAAUGUUGCUUUAAAGCAUUUCAUAGGUGGUAUGCUCCGUCCUCAAAACGUUCAGUGCAACACUCUUCGUGUUUUAGAAACUGCAACUGGCAAAACAAGUGCACGGCGCAGACCCCCAAAAGGAGCCGAGCGGAUUCUCGAGCGCAGUCCCCUGGGAUUUCACACUGCAAUCCAAGAGACAUCGAGUUUGAAAGGCCACACGCACCCCUCCGCCCUGCCAACACCACGCUUCCUAAUAGCAACCUGCAGUCACACUUCAAAAAACUGAACUCCUAAAUAACACAGGCAAGAUGCUUCCAGCAGCAGGGAAAUCAUUAGGUUAUAGUCUCAAGAUUACAGGGGGAAGCAGAUUUUGUCUCACACAGCAGAAGAAAACAAAAUUCCCACAAACCUGAAGCAAAAAAAAAAGAAGCAAUAAUAAGUAGUGAAUACUCAUUUCCGUAAUGACCUGUAUGUUUAAAAAUGAUUGCAUGCUACUGGGAUUAUCAUUUAAAUAAUUUUACUUCUAAAGACAUUACUCCUUAUUACUUACUGUCAUCUCAUUAUGUAAAUCUGACAGAUAAAUACUAAAUUUCUCCAUAAACAAAAAAGUCCAGAGAAUUUUAAGGUCUGUGAAGGGCUACAGUUGUAAAAAGGCUUUAACUGAGUAAUAUUUUAAAAGCUCCUACUAUCUUGCCGCUUCCCAAGGUUGAAAGCGAUUACGUGCUUGGAAAGCUUACAGUCCUCUUUUCUUGCAGUGGCAGAAAUUGUACACUUCUAGGCUAAGGGAUUACGAAAUACCUGAACUUAAACUUGUCACAGAUUCAAGCCUUGCUAUUUCCUGUCCUUGUGCAAUCUUGGUAAAGAUGAAAAUUCUUCUGCGUCAGUCAGUUAAAUAAAUAGAUGGCUGAAACCUAAA